ACUUAAAUUAAAGCCUAGAAAUCUAGACUAAUAAAAAAAGGCCGAUAACAAUAGCCUAAGAUUUGUUAUUAGAACAUAAUUAUAAUAUUGCUGUUUUCAUAAAUAAUAAAUAUUUCAAACACUAGAAAUAGUACAUGUCUAAAUUAUAAAUGCUAAGCAGAACUGUCAGUGUCAAACUGAGGAAGAACUUCCGAAAUUUUGUAUAAAACAAAAGAAUUUUCAAUUAAUCUUCAGUAUAUUCAAUCGUAACUUCAAUCAACAAACAUUGUUUUAAACAAAAUAAUUUAACAAUUUAAAAAUGUUUAAAUUCACCGCAAUCGUAGUUUUGGCUUUGGCUAUUUGCGUAGCAGCCGAUCCUAUCCGCCAAAAGAACUUAAGAAGACGAGUAUCAGCUCGCCAAGAAGUGCUACCUACACCAGCACCCACAGGAUAUCCAGCAGCAGGUGUUACUCCCGAAAUUCCCUUUGAAUUACCCACCGAAAAUGAACAAACCGAUUUUGUAACACAACAACCUGACGAAGUUUAUGGCCCACCAGAAUUUGAAGCCCAACAACCUGAUGAAGUUUAUGGCCCACCAGAAGCUGACGUACAACAACCUGAUGAAGUUUACGGACCACCAGAAACUGAUGCCACUCCCGAAAUAAUUGAAGAAGUAGAAGAAGAAGCUGAAGAAGAAACCGAUGCCGAAGAAGUGGCUGAAGAUUUAGAUGAAGAAGUCGUUGUUGAUGAAAAUACAUUUGAAGCCCCUGCACGCUUGGUCGCACAACGUUUCCGCCAAAGACGACCAAUUGCAGCUCCUGCACGUUUGACAAAAGCCAAAGUUGUCAAGCCAGUGAAUUUUGUGUACACAGCUAGAUUCCAAACCUUCCCACAGAAGUAAAUAAGUAUUUUUUCUUAGUAUAAUUUUUAUUCCAAUUGUUGCUUUUUAUUAUAUUGUUUUAAUUAUUAGUAAAUUUGUUUACAAAUAUACUUAUA